AUGCUUUAUAAAAGUUUUAAAGCUAGUACAAUAAUCGGUAAAAAAUGUUUUAACUGGUGGAACAAUUUGCCCAUAACGUGGAAAGUGGGUAUUUCUUGUUCGGUACUUUUUCCACCUUUAUGGAAUUAUAAUGAAAGAAGAAAAGCAAAAGAAAAACAAGUAUUUUACAAUAAAUCUAUUAGAGAUUAUGUAUUUUUUGAUAUUGCAAUAGAAAAUAAAUAUGUUGGUAGGGUCUUGAUCGGAUUAUAUUCUGAUCAAGUACCAUUAUCAGCUGAGAAUUUUAUACAGCUAGCUGAAGGAUAUCAAAUAAAAGAUAAAUAUAUAGGAUAUCGUAAUACAUCAAUACAUAAAAUAUACCCUGGUAUUGGUUUAGUAGGAGGAAAUGUUUUAAAUGAUAAAGAAGGUUUAAGUAUAUAUGGGAAAAAGUUUCCUGAUGAAAAUUUUGAUAUGGAAUUUGUUCAAGAUGGUGACGUUGCAUUAUUUAAUGAAGGACCUCAUAGUAAUUCUUCACAAUUUAUUAUUACAUUUUCUCCCAUGCCUAUAUUACAUAAACAUAAUGUUGUCAUUGGUACUGUUUUGAAAGGUAUGAAUAUAAUUCGUAUGAUUGAAAAUGUAGGAACAAAAUUAGGACAUCCUAUGUAUGAUGUUAGAAUAGUUAAUUGUGGUUUAUAUAAAGGAUUAGAAAAGGAUGGACCUCCAUUCUUCCAUUUUACUGAAAUUAUUGAAAAAAAUAAGGAACAUUUAAUAUCCAAGAAAGAAUUUGAAAACUUAUCCAAAGAGCAGAGACAAUCUCUUUUGAACGAUACAAAUAAGGUCCAAAAGAAAAAAAAACAAAAUUCAUAA